UGCAAGGAGGGAGGCAGAGCUGCUGCUGCACCAUGGAGGAGGCGCGCGGCUUCUUCCGGCGGCUGCCCAAAGUGGAACUCCAUGCCCACUUGAACGGCUCUAUCAGUUCGGAGACGAUGAAGAAAUUAAUGGCGCAGAAGCCAAACCUUCAGGUUCAUAAUGGAAUGACUAUGAUUGACAAAGGGAAGAGAAGGAGCCUGGAAGAAUGCUUUCAGAUGUUUCAGAUCAUCCAUCAGGUUACCAGCAGGACUGAAGAUAUAUUAAUGGUAACCAAGGAUGUUAUUCGGGAAUUUGCAGCCGAUGGUGUCAAAUACCUGGAGUUAAGGAGCACACCCAGAGAGGAGCAUGCCACAGGUAUGACCAAAAGAGCGUACGUGGAAACCGUACUUGAAGGUAUAAGGCAAUGUAAAGAAGAAGAACUGGAUAUAGAUGUUAGGUUUCUAAUCUCAGUAGAUCGAAGAGGGGGACCGGCCGUUGCCAAGGAAACUGUGAAACUGGCUGAAGAGUUUCUGCUUUCCACAGAUGGGGUGGUUGUAGGACUCGAUCUCAGUGGAAAUCCGACAGCAGGACAUGGCAAGGAUUUCUUAGAGCCCCUCUGGGAAGCUAAAAAAGCAGGACUGAGGCUGGCGUUGCACCUUUCAGAGAUCCCCGACCAGGACGAAGAGACCAAACUUCUCCUGUGCCUGCCUCCGGACCGAAUCGGGCACGGCACGUUUCUUCAUUCUUCGUCGUCAAGGUCCAAGGACCUUGUGCAGCUUGUCAGACGGCAUGGUGUGCCUCUUGAACUCUGCGUGACCUCAAACCUCAAAGGUCAGACCGUGCCUUCGAGUGACCGCCACCACUUUGGAUUCUGGUACAACGCGGGACAUCCCGUUGUGUUGUGUACUGACGAUAAAGGCGUUUUUGCAACCAACCUUUCUUGGGAGUACCAGCUGGUGGCGAACACAUUUCAGCUGUCCGGAGCGCAGAUGUGGGACCUUUCUUACAACGCCAUCGACCACAUUUUUGCUGGCGCCUGCACCAAAGCAGAGCUACAGGAAAAGUGGAACAAGUUAAAACCAUCCUUCCUUAAGCAACUCAAUGGGAGGGCUGAGGAUUGGUGAAUCCAUGACAUGUUUUGUGUGAGGGGGUGCUUCUUGGGCUAGUUUGUGCAUCCCAUAGAUGGACCUCUUCACACCGUACCAUUUCAGCCUGCACCAGGGUGGUGGCUUGUUUGAAUAUUCUGUUAUUUAACUUCGAUGUGCCCCUGCUUGAAGAAAACUACCCUAUCAGAGAGAAAGCUAAGUGGAGCCCUUAUCCCUGACAUGCUAAGUUUCUAUUGCAGGGAGUAAAAAAAAGGGGGGGGAGCAAUAAAAUAAUUGCAACCCACCCUUAGUCAAAAAUGUCCAAGGAAAGCUUUGCUGUUCAAUGCUGUUGAAUGGAUAAACUGAUCCUAAAAUUGGUCAUGCAAUGACCUGCUUUGUGUGCAGCUGCUUGUGUGUAGAUUAGGACAUUUUCAGCUGUAAAGCUCAGGAGAGAAACAAACAAAAUAACCUCCCAAAGGUAAGUAAGUAAUGUAACAUAGCAUAGUAGGUCCCAACUUGGCAAAUAUAUUUUUAUAUCAGCCUCUGGUGGGGAGGAGAAUAUAACAUCAAACAGUCUCUUUUUAUUGUCGAAGGCUUUCACGGCCGGAGAACGAUGGUUGUUGGGGGUUUUCCGGGCUGUAUUGCCGUGGUCUUGGCAUUG